UUCAGAUUAAAUUUUACUCCGGUACUAAAGUUGCCCCAGAAACAUUUAGUACUGGCUCCAAAUUUAAAAGCUUCCGAAACCCUUACAGUACUGGACUAAGAUACUGGCCAGUACUAAGGGUGUGAUUGGUUGCUUGGGCUAGUCUAGCGAGGCUUAUGAUCUAAGCCAGGGCAGUCUAAGCCUAGCUUGAGCCAUGCAAUAUGUUAUUAUUUGGUUCACUGCUAUGGAUAAGCUGAUACUAUCUAGCUCAUAUUUGGUUGGUUGGCCAUCAGUGAUACAAUAACAUUGCACAAGGUGAAGGUGGAGUUCCCCCAUUGAACGCCUCCCCCUCGAAGCAGUCCCCAAGCUAGCACCGCCGGCCAGGGGGCGGCGCGGGCAACGACCGCCGGUCGCUCAGCAUCGUCGCGCGGCUCAUGGGCCUCGACGCGCUGCCGCACGGCCAGGCGGCGGGGGACAGCGCCCACUCCGGCGCCACGAGCCCGGCCGCGCUGCGGCGGUCGGCCUCUGAGCGCGUGCCACGGGACCCGUCGCACUUCCAGUUCGUCGACCCGGCCUUCUUCGAGUGGCCGGCGUCGCCGCUCCCGCCAUUGAUGGAGCGGCCGGCGCCGGCGGCGUUGGCACCGGCCGCGGAGGCGGCGAUGCUGUGGGCGCCGGAUGCGGGGUGCCCGCGUGCGCUCCAGAGGUGCAGCCGCUUCGACGCGCACGAGGUGUUCCUGGAGCCAGCGAAGCAUGCCGACCCGGCGGCCGGCGGCACCCACGGCGAGAUCGAGCGCCGCCUCCGCAUGUGCGGCAUUGCGGAGCCCGCCCAGGAUCUCGAGAUGCUGAAGCAGAUCCUGGAGGCGCUGCAGCUCAACGGCCUACUCCACCACACCCCCACGCUGCCGCCGCACGUCCGCACCGCUUCGGCGCUACCGCCCAUCGUCGUCAUGCGCCCGAACCACCGCGCACAGCCGCAGGUGCAGCAGCCGGCGCGGCUCACACCCACGCGGCGGCUCCGCGUCGAGUCGACCGCGCCCGCCGCCCACAGUCGCCCGACCCGUCGGCAUCCCCAGCUCGGAGCCCGGCUUCCCCUGCUCGGCGUAGCCCGCACUUGCCGCAGCACCGACGGAUCAAACUGAUUGACACGGCCGCGAACCUCAAGAAGCUAAGGACCUGCACCAGAGCUAAGCAGAUCUCCUAGAUCGGUAACCUUUGGAGUGCUUGGUGAGAUUGAUAUCAUGUACAGGCUUCAUCAUGAUGUCAUAUAUCAUCGCUAGAUAUCGUUUUUUUUCCGCUGUUUGUAAACUCUGAAGAACUUAUCUACUUUCAAACUUUUGAGGUACUCCGUCUGAAUUCUCAAACUCAGUUUAUGAUAAUUUUUACCUGUGAAGUUUAUAUUGUAAAAUUUUGUUUAUUGUAAUCUCUGGGCUCAUCUUCGAGUGA